AUGAUCAACUCCGUCUCCCUGCUGCGCCAGUACUACAACCGAUUGCCUAUACGCAAAAAAUACAAGCGAGCUAUUAUGAAGGGCACAAUGGUCAUGUGCGAGAAGACCGGGCAGGUUCGGAUUCCCCCAUUGGCGAUUUCUGGUUAUGAUGAGCGCAAGAAUCCUUACAGAGGAAGGUUUGAAGACCUACGAUCUACACGAAUAUGGCUGAAAGACUAG